CAGGAACAACCCACCUAAACAAAUUCUGAACAGUCCUUCCUCUCCUAAAGCAGUGGGUAGUGGACUGCAGCAGUUUUUUGUAACUUUGAAGCCAGAGAAUCUAUUGGCCGGCAAUUCCGAGCACCUCUUGGGAGUGGAGACUGACGGACCAUUUCCAGCCAUCUACCAUGGAUUUUGACCGAAACUACCGUGUGAAACUGAAUGAUGGGAACCGAAUCCCCGUGCUUGGCUUUGGGACCUCUGUCAUCAGUCCGGAUGAAAAUAUGAAAUCUGAGGAGAUUAUUAAAGUGGCUAUUGAAGGUGGUUUCCGCCAUUUUGAUGGAGCCCUUGUGUACGGGAAUGAAGGGGCAGUGGGAAAGGCCUUCCGAGCUAAGAUGGCAGAUGGCACCGUCAAGAGGGAGGACAUAUUUUACACCGGGAAGCUGUGGUCCACUUAUCACCGCCCAGAGUUGGUUCGGAAAGGUCUGGAGCAAUCGCUGAAGUACCUGCAACUGGAUUAUCUCGAUCUCUUCAUCAUCCAUUAUCCCUACUCUUUUAAGCCCGGAGGAGAGUUUCUAUCACUGGAUGGAAACAAGAAACCAACCCCAGAUGAUGUAGAGCUUCGAACUACAAGGGAGGUUCAAGCAUCAUCCCAUGUUUACGUCGCCUAAAGACUUUUAACAGCAUUCCCCAGCCCCGCCAGCCCAAAAUUCAUUCCUGGUGUCCUGUUCCCAGGACCAGAGGGUGGCCCUAGCCCACCCUCCUCCUCCUCUUCCUCCUCAGAAACCUGUGUAGACAUGGUGAUAAGGCGGUAAUCCUGGUAUGGAUCUGGGAGCCAGUUCAAGGAAAUCACAGGUGACCAAGCAUCAGCCUGGAAGGAGAAUAAAGUUAAGU